AUAUAUAUAUACGCAACGGCGACUGGUACAGUGGGCAGCUAAUUUGGAGAUGAAGUACUAUGUUCGGUAGUCAGUGAGGUGGCGACUUGAAAAGACAUUAUUAGAACGCACUUAAAAUCGUUAUUGUAGUUAUCGAAUACAGCGAGUGGAAAUUAAAGCAAAUUAUUAUUGUUGUUGUUUCGCGUAAAAGAUCAUGUCACAAUUUCACAAGAUAGAGAUCAACAGAACAGAAUGGGAGGUACCAGAACGUUAUCAAAUGCUUACACCCGUAGGUUCGGGUGCUUACGGUCAGGUCUGUUCUGCUGUCGACACGACUACUGGGCAAAAAGUGGCAAUUAAAAAAUUAGCUAGGCCAUUUCAGUCAGCUGUUCAUGCAAAACGUACAUAUAGGGAACUUCGUAUGUUGAAACAUAUGAAUCAUGAGAACGUGAUAGGAUUAUUAGAUGUCUUUCAUCCUUCUACAUCUUUAGAGGAUUUUCAAAAUGUGUACUUAGUCACACAUCUAAUGGGAGCUGAUCUAAACAAUAUUGUAAGAACACAAAAACUUUCUGACGAUCAUGUACAAUUUCUUGUUUAUCAAAUACUUCGUGGCUUGAAAUAUAUCCAUUCUGCUGGAAUUAUACAUAGGGAUCUGAAACCAUCUAACAUAGCUGUCAAUGAGGAUUGUGAGUUGAAAAUAUUGGACUUUGGCUUGGCCAGGCCCACGGAACAUGAAAUGACUGGCUAUGUUGCCACUAGGUGGUACAGAGCACCCGAAAUCAUGCUUAAUUGGAUGCAUUAUAAUCAGACAGUUGACAUUUGGUCGGUAGGAUGUAUCAUGGCAGAACUGUUAACUGGAAGGACAUUAUUUCCUGGAACAGAUCAUAUACAUCAACUAAACCUAAUUAUGGAAAUUUUGGGGACUCCACGAGACGAGUUUAUGAAAAAGAUAUCAUCAGAGUCGGCCAGGAAUUAUAUUCAGAGUUUACCACCACUGAAGAAAAAGAAUUUCAAAGAUGUGUUUCGUGGAGCUAAUCCUUUAGCUAUUAAUUUGUUGGAAUUAAUGUUGGAACUGGAUGCUGAAAAGAGAAUUACUGCAGAACAGGCUUUAGCGCAUCCUUACCUGGUACAAUAUGCAGAUCCAACUGAUGAACCAAUUUCUCUACCAUAUGACCAAAGUUUUGAAGAUAUGGAUUUACCAGUGGAAAAGUGGAAAGAACUCGUAUAUCAUGAGGUUGUUAAUUUUAUUCCGCAACAGCCAUCCACAUUGCCUUCAGCUUUGGGAACAACUUCGUAAAAAUAUGUAUAAUGUGAGUGUAAUAUAGAAUUAAGCACAAUAAGAUAUAAUAUCAGCAAAAGAUAGAUAAUCUUGAACGUUAUAAUAUUCUAUAAUUGGUGGUAUAAUUAAUGAUAUGGUCACACGAACGAAACGAAGAAGCAAAUAAAAAAUAGAGAAAAUUAAUAUUAAAAUUAAUAUUAAUUUAACAAAUCUCUGUUAAAUUCCAGAAAUUUAACAUUUUUCUCAUGCUCUUAUAAUUUUUAAUAAGAUUAAUUAUCAGGUAACCAAAAAAAUUCCUGCGGUUUCUCAUGAUGGAAAUUAAACAUUUUAAUACAGAAAAAAGUAUACAUCAAGUUAAAGCGUACCGAUUGACUGACGCUUACCUGUGCCUUACGACGUAUGUAAAACAUUCAGUUUUGCAAACCACCAAAAAAUAAAACAAGCCAUUGCAGUAAAUUCUACCGAAAACUGCACGGACUUUCUUGUUACUUCGAUUUAAAUCGAUUAGAUCGAUUUAAAAAAUUGACAAUAUCUUUUUGUGUUUAAAAAAGUCGACCUUCAAACGAUCGCAUAUAAUAUAUUAUAUGGCACAUUGAUUAGUACUUGGAAUGUAAUCUAUUUUAAAUGUAAAUAUUUAUAUUCGACAUACACAAUCUGUUUACAUACUUUUAUUGCUGCAUGUAUAACAACUAAUCGACAGGCUGCCUCGACUGCUAAGAACGUAUGUCAUAUUAGAGUAGGUUAAUGUACAAACCUCAAUAAUAGUUAUCGAAGUAUGAGUAAAUAAAUAAAGGAGAUACAUAUUCUUGUUAAAAUAUAUAAAGAUAAAAAUUAAGUUACUACCAGA